ACUUUGUUUCAUACAGCUUUCCAUACAACGAACUUGAGCUUUGUUCAGACAUCUUCAAUCGGACUACUUAAAUGGCUACAGCGAGUUUUUGUGAUCCGUGUACUGAGGCCAACUCAUCAGUAUCAGCAACACUGUAUUGUUCCGACUGUGAAGAGCGAUUUUGCCAAGACUGCGCUGCGUCACAUACUCGUUUCAAAGCAUUCAAAUCUCAUCAUGUUAUCGAUUUGUCGUCUAUCGGUUCCAAUAUUCCAAUAUUUGCGAAGAAAACCUGUAACGUCCAUCUGGACAUGCUUUUGGAUUAUUACUGCACAGAUCAUGAGAUCGUUUGCUGUAGAGCGUGUAUUCCUAAGGAGCACAGGAAAUGUGAAAACGUUCUGCCAUUAGAACAUGCCUCGAUGGAUGUUAAACAAUCUGCACUGUUCACCAACGUAAUGCAGGACAUAAAACAUCUGGUUACAACAUUAAAGGAGUUAUACAAUAACAGAGAGUCAAACUUACAAUUACUUAUGAAAAGUAAAUCAUUAAUAACAAAACAGAUCAGUGAAGUCAAAUCUCGAUUAUUGAAACACAUAGAUAAUCUAGAACAUGAUCUUCACGCCAAACUGUCAUCUCUUCAAAGGAAACACGAGAUAGAAAUCAACAAACAAAAAGAAGAAGUAUUAUCUGCUUUAGAAAGUUUAAAAUCAAAUGAGAACGAAAUUGAUUUUCUGAAAGAUCAUGGGUCUAAUAAUCAGCUGUUUAUAUCCUUACAUCAACAAAUUGCAAAUACAAAAACCGACGAAGCAAAAGUUCCGCAGAUCGUUUCCAAUUUACAAGAAAUCGAAAUAACCUUCGAUGAAAAGAAAUAUAUAGAGAUUGAUUAUUUCGGCCCACUGUUACAGACUGUAAAACCGUGUCAAGUUUAUUACAAAUCCAAGAAAUUUCAGCAGGCCCAGAUCAGGACAGAACUAACAAAACAAGAUUGUUGGGUUUGAAAAGGAUACGGAACUGACACUAAAAACUGAGUUGAAAUAUGCUCUGAACGAUUUAUCAAUCACGAUGGACAAUAAGCUGCUCCUUACUAAUAAUUCGUAUCUAAAUCCGAGACUGUAUGUCUACAGAGACUGUAAAGAUUAUGAGACAGAGAUUAUAUUAACCGCUAAACCUUACAGCAUUGCUGUUAUACCUGGUACAGACAGAGCUGUUGUUACCUUGCCUGAAGAGAGCGCUAUUCAAUUCAUCAAUACUAAACAGAUAACAAAAGGCGACAAAGUUAACGUUGGAUUUUCAUGUUAUGGUAUCACUGCUGGACGUGACAGAGUUUACGUUGGUGGUAAAGGUAAUAUCAAAACAUUAGACACAAAUGGAAAAUUUCUAAAAACAAUUCAACUAGGAUCUGGUUAUAUUGACUUUAUUUUAUAUGAAGAUAGUCAUGAUAAGAUUUUCGUUAGAUGUCCUGGCAAACUCAUAUGUAUCAAUAUGGAUGGAACAUUAGUAUACAGUAAGGAAGUUUCAGGUACAGCGGGAGUAACACGCGAUAGACAAAGUAACGUUUAUUACGGUGGUUUCUUCAACAACAAAAUACAAAGAAUGUCAUCAGACGGGAAAAACUGUGAGGAAAUGCUAAACGAAGACGAUGGAAUUAACCAUUCGUAUGGAAUGUGUUUUAACAAUGACUUUACACAACUGUUUGUUAUUAAUAACAGUUGCAAGUCCGUGUCUGUAUACAACUGUAGAUAUUGAUUAGUUUAUCAUCGGUGGUGUGAGACUAUAUAUAUAUAUAUAUAUAUUGAUUAUAAUA